GACAUGAUAUCAGAAUUAGAGCUUUAUAUUUCAUCAGAUCACUAUCUUUUUAAUUUUUUUUUCUUGUCCCUUAAUGAUUUCAUGGACAGAUUCUACACAUUUCUGGCCACUUUUGUGGCAAGAAAGUCCAGACCACUUUGACAUUCCAAUCUUAAAUAAAGUUUAAACCCUUUCCUCAGUGGACUCCCAGGGACUUGGAGAAGGGGAACUAUAUAGUUCUUAUAUAACUAAUACUUUUGUGGUGCUGUGGCAUUACUGGUCUUUCCCUGAUCAGUCAUGUUCCAUAUGCUCCUGCUGUGCUCUGCUCUUAAGAUGUGUUGUUUUCAUGAGAAAGUUCACCUUCAAUUAGAUCCCUUCUAUCACUACUUGCUCUGACCCUGCCUGUGGUUCUAUGCCUGCUCAGAGUGAAGUAUUACCUUAUUUGACCUAGAGUCUCCCAAGGGCAAUGCCAUGGUUUCUGUCCCCUUAUAUAACCCGUGUGCUCCUUCACAUGGAGCCAGGAAACUGCUAAGUUCCUCUUUGGCACACUCGAAGGGCUAAUGGGAGCUAGGAUGGGUUUGGCCACCAUUCCUUUCCCAGGCUCACACACUAAGGCUCGUUCUUGCCCUUCAACCUUGAAUUAUUUCUGCAAGUCUGCCCUCCUCAGCUCUCUCUCAAGAUAAUAUGGAGUAACCAAGAUUUUCUAAGAAAUCCCUCUCUAUGAUCGGCAACAAAGGGUUGGAGUGGGGGCUGAUCUGUGGUUCUGUAGUUUAUCAAGUCUCCAGCUGGGGAGUGAGGUGUAAGUCUUUCCUUGUGUAGGCACCCCAUUCUCUAUGAUGAUUUUCCUGGAACCCCAUUCCAGUCAUUUAAAUUCUGGAGGUGAGAGAAUUACCUCAUGAGAAAGGAUGGGAAAGAUAUUACCUCCCACUGAGAGAACAAUGGAUUUCCCUCUCCCUCUCCCCAGUAAUCUCCUUAUAACAGCUUAUUUGCUAGGUGAUGAUUAUGAGUAAUAGGGUCUGUUUAGCUGCCUCUCAGUAAGCUCUGGGGGAAUUAAUAGGCCCCAGUAUUGGCAGUUCUUUUUAGACUGUGGCACAUUAAUGCCUCUUGUUUUCAAAGGAAGCCCUCAGGCAACAAUAAAAAUCCCACUUAAUGUCUUGUUCCAUAACCAGUAGUUCAACUGACCUUCUACCUUAGAGUCCAAUAUAUGAUCACAAAAGUCGAUUUAAAUUUCACUUUGCCUGUUUCUGUUGUGACAACUUUGAAAAUCUUAACUCAGCACUGAAGUACACAAGACAUGGAUAGAAGCCUGGGGAAAGUCAGUACAGUGGGCAAUAAUACAAAAUAAACAAAUUACUCUCCUGCACACAAUGUGUACAAUCUGACAACAAAAACAGGGUACCUUCUUUUGGAACCUGAUCUGGUUUCCAAGAAGCAGGACUGGGCGUUGUUAGGAGACUGGGGAGUAGUAUGGCAAAAGAGGGAAAAGAGGAGAAGUGGGUGGGGAAAGAGAGGGAUAGAGAGAGACUGAGAACACAGUAAGACACUCCUUGCUUUCAUUCUUGGCUCCCAUGGACACAGCUGAGAAGGGGCACUGUGGGCCCCUUGAGGGGAGGGCUGAAGGCUGGCAGCCUCCCUUAACUCACAGAGCUAUUUCAAGCUCUGGGAUUGGUGCCCACGCCCAGGGAGUUAGCAUUCCUGAUGGGGGAGGUGGCAUGGAAGAGAGCUUUCAAGUGUAUUCAACAUUCUCCCCCUCAACCCUCUCCAAAAGUCUCUCUAUCUCCCACUCCCCAACACCGAGCUCCUAAAAUUUACUGAAGAAAAACAAGCACAUUAAUCCAGGCUCAACCUGGCAUAGCAAAAGAAGCAGGCAACAUUCUCAGCAAACCCUGGAUUUGUAGGUAAGUGCUACUCACCACAUUCUUUAAUAAAAGUUUAGUCUACGCUUUAGACUAAAAGCUGUCUUAAAAUUCCUUUCCUGUGUCCUGACCUUAUCCUCCCUUUUAAUGCUAAGCUUUUUCCUGUGUUAUUAUCACCAAAGCUUUAUUCAUAGCAAUCCAUUUAUAUCCCAGGCACGUAUUGUGCUCUUAGCUCUGCAUAUUGUGAGGGACACAAAGAGGAGGAAAGGUUUGUCCCUACCUGUUAGUGCAACAGAGCUCAGAGGAGGAAGGUGGGCGAGGGUGGGAAGAGGAACCACUUUCCAAUCCAAGUGGUUUCACCAGAGCUUCCCAGACUACUUGUUCUGGAUACCUGUACUAUUUUGUGACCAACAGAUCCCACUCUUCCCGCUCUUUGAAAUAUUGAUUGUUCAGAUUUGGCAUGCACCGUUAGACUCCAGCAUCGUAAAUCUGAAAGUUCCUUGAGAGCAGGAGCUGUGUCUCAUUCACCACUACCCUCAGCCCUCAGCAUAGCACCUGCCACAUGGUAGGAUUGCAGGCUGCAUGGACCCUCACCUUCAUGAAUUAAUGAACUGAAAGGGCUCCAGAAUGGCUCUGUCCUAAGUCCCCAAAUCCUCUCCAGGCCCCUGAGCGGGUCUUUGGGGAAACUUUAAAGAACAGUAGAAGAGGCUUAUCUCACAGGGCGAAUAAUGCCUUAUAUAUGUAAAAUGUUUUUAUUGUUUUUGCCCCAAAAGUUAUUCAUGUAGUUUUCACUUGAUCUUUAUAGCAACCUGAUUGAGGAUUUUGUAGGGAGCCUGUCGUCUAUUUUAUUGGCAAGGAGACUGAGGCUCAGAGGAAUGACUCUGUCCUCAAUACUUCUGUGUCACUCUGGAAAAUCAUGUUACUAUAGGGCUGAUAAAUGGAACAUUGCCUGCCAUAGACGUCACAGUCAUCAGCGAUUGCAGACACAGCCGAUGGUGAGCUGGUGAGCCCUGAGGAUACUGGCCCCAGAUAAGCUGGGGUGUAUAUCAAAGGAAUGAUUUCAGUGAGCCCAGACUCUUGCAUCUUCCCAUACAUAGAAAAAUGCUGAGUUCCUUAACUUGGGAUAUCUAGGUUUCUUUUAUUAGCAGUAAUCUUUUGUUCCUACUACCUGACCUUUGUUGCAAACUUCUACAUAUCCUAGCUCCCCCCUCACCUCCUCAGAGCAGUUUUCUCAGGGUUACUUGAGAUGAUGCCUCCCGGGCUUGAAGUCCUAAAAAUUCCUGCCAAAUAAAACAUAACUCUCAACUUUUAGGUUGUGAAUAAAAUUUUAGUCAGCAGGGCAAAGUUUUCUAAUAGUGUGACUUUGUCUGACUAGCAGCUGUGGAUUCAGAAAAACACAGGAUUCAAACACUGAUCUUCCAGUUAAAAGCCAGGGGUCAGGUUCCCCGUUUUGCUUUAUCAGGUCUGUCAUGGUGCCUGGGAGGAUCUUGUUCUAUUGUCUCUAGACCAUGAAGAGGAUGGAGAGGAACAUGGUCAGGGGACCACUACAGAAGCACUUUGAUUUGGAGAGGGAGAACGCCAAACAGGCUGGCCAAAGACUGCAGAGACUAGAGGAUAUCUGCCUAUACCAUGUGAGGUUGUUGACCAGGGAGCAGAGACGGCUCCAAAAAGAACUGCAGAGGUUGCAGCAAGGUAAGUGUCAUCAAGAAAAAUUCUCCUCUUACUUUGAGAAGGGAAGUCAGAAGAGACCAGAAGAUGUUCUUAUGUUCUCAUCACAGGGAGGACAGAAGCACAGGGUUCUACAGGCUAAUAAAUUUAGAGCACUGACAACAAAUACGAUCCAAGAAAUAUACAAAACCAAGUCCCAGAUGCCUCCUUUCCAUGACACUGGUCCCAAGGACCCCAUGAAAAGCAAAAGGCAGUCGCUAUCUCAAAAUAUCAGAACUUCCCACUUUACAGAAGAGAAGCCGCAAGCCCAAGAGAAAUAUUCUAUAAACCCACUGAAGGGCAAAGACUCCAACAAGGGCAUCUCUCUUCUAUGUCAAGAUCAAGAUGUCUCCACUCACACCCUAGACCAAGGCCCCAGUUCCAGCCCAGCUGGUGGUAGCAGAAUGGCACACGGUGAUGAGACCAGAUCAAAUGAUGCCAACAAAAGGCCAGACCACACCACUGGGAAACAAAUUCCCGAAUCCCAGGAAUGUGGAGGGAACUUCAAAGGCGAGCCCAAAACAUCAACCUAUUCAGAGUUGUUUGCAAAGGCCAGAAACACUCACUACCUCCGGCACCAGGUCCCCCCUGAGUCGAGAUUGCUUAGCAUUGGGGAGAUCUCUGGGCACAAGGAAUCCUCACAGUACAGAGCAGAAAAGGGGUGUAGAAACAGGGUGCCAUCUAAGUUACUUCCUCUCUAA